AUAGGUCUAGUGAUAUCCUCAACUCAACUAAAUUCAUGUCAUAUUUUGAAAAGGACGGAAUUGCCCUCGCAUAUAAAAUGGUAGUCGCAAAUCCCAACCCUCUUAACUCACUCUCAAUUGCUCGUGCUGCGGCCCCACUUGUUUCGGACACUGGCCACUUCGCCUCCUCAAAGUCAGCGGCGGCGACGCCAAUCUCUCCCUACGCCGCCGCCUCCGACUGUUUCAAGGCAAGGAGAUAGGCAUUUUUGUCGAGAGAAAAGAAGAAGAAGAAGAAAAGCAUCAAUUUUUUUGGUAUGAAGUAAUGGCUACAUCUACAUGUUUAGGGUUUUGAACUGUAUGGAUACAAAAAAGGGCUUCUUUAUAGCAUUUUUAUUGUGAAAGGUGCAUCAAAUAAAUUAUAGAUGUCUGAAGUAUACUAAAAUGAUCCAGCAGUAUUUAUAUGUCGAUAAAAGUCGAAAUUUUUGGAAUUAAUUUUCUAAUUAUUAAGCUGGUAGAGUUCUUGAAGUGAUUGUAGAAACUUGAGAGAAUUCUUGAUGUCCUUCCAGCUGAAGGCGAUCCUAAUUUGCAGAAUUUCUUAAUAUCAGGGUUCUUGAAGUAGGAGCUAGUUAUUGCUCAAGAUUUUGAUGGAUUAUGAGAUAAAUGGUGAUGUAAAUGGCGAAGUAGUAGGAAGUUCUACUAAUUAUGAAGGAAGAACAGAUGAUGACGAUACAAUUGUCGGGAGUUCUGCUGACGGGGUGCUCCAGCACGGACUAGAUAUUAAAGUGGACGAAGAUUCCUCCGAGAGGGAUUUGUUUCAACUGGAUGAGUUGCAGGAUGUUAAUUGCGUCACUCCUAUUGAUGAACCAUAUGUGGGCCAAGAGUUUGAGUCUGAAGCUGCAGCACAUGCUUUUUAUAACUCAUAUGCGACAAGAGUUGGUUUUGUCAUCCGUGUCAGCAAGCUUUCUCGAUCAAGGCGUGAUGGAACUGCCAUUGGUCGGGCACUGGUUUGCAACAAAGAGGGCUUCAGGAUGCCUGACAAACGAGAGAAGAUCGUACGCCAAAGGGUUGAGACAAGGGUUGGUUGCAGAGCCAUGAUUUUAGUUAGAAAAGUAAGUUCGGGUAAAUGGACAGUUACAAAAUUUGUAAAGGAGCAUACUCAUCCUCUAACUCCCGGUAAAGGCCGAAGGGAUCUCAUUUAUGAUCAAUACCCCAAUGAGCACGAUAAAAUCCGGGAACUAUCGCAACAGCUGGCAAUUGAAAAAAAGAAGGUUGCGACAUACAAAAGGCAUUUGGAAAUGAUAUUCGAACACAUUGAGGAACACAAUCAAUCACUUGGAAAGAAGAUCCAAAACAUUAUGAACAGCGUCAGAGAGAUGGAAACGAAAGAUCAACUAGAUCCUAGAUUCUGUUGAUAAAAUCAUGUUGUGCCGACAAUAGAAGGAAAAAAAACCAGUAUGAAGAUUUCUGUUGGAUGGAGAAAGUUUCUAGAACUAUAGUUGAUUAAAGUUUUUUCAAACUUUUAUCCCCAACUUAGGUCUGGAUUGAUAUGAACUAGUUUACAUUGCCUUUUUUAGUCCUCUGUACAUUUGUUGUAGGAAUAGUGGGCUCAGAGUGUGUAUUGUGUGCACUAUCAAUUGAAUAUGAAUUGAGAGGGUUUUACAUGUCUCAUGAAUUCAAAAUUUUGAUAAGAGUUAUGAAUUACUUUACAGGGAAAA